AUGGCGCCGACUUCGAUACCUACCACCCGGCAUGCUCACAUGGCCUUCGCCGCCGGCAUACCUACACAUGCACACAUCUCUGUUCGCCAGGCCUUUGGACUUAUCGCUGAACGGGUAGACGACGAGUCCGACAGCGACAGCGAAGACGAGGAGAACUUUUCGGCAAAGGACUUUGAGCUCGACCCCGUUCACUACUACUUCAUGCUCCUUCUUAUGAUAUUCGUCGUCGCUAUACUAUUGUUUUGGUUCAUAUACUGGCGCAGGACGCGGUCGAGGAAAGCUGGGCGUCCAGCGACUGGGGAGCAAGCUCGAGAGAUGAAUGUGCAAGGCUGGACCAACACAUUGCACGCCAGAUUUAUGCCCAACAACACUACUCUUGUUCGUCGAAGUUCGAAUCCGACUCGGUACGACGAACCACCGCCUCCAUACCAAGCCAAGGCGGACGACACCCCCCCCUAUCCUGCGGUCCCACUCCGAGCCCUUUCAUGGGAUGAAAACAACCAUCGUUCAAUGCCACCACAGUAUACAACUGAAUACUAUGGACCAAGGCCGGCAACUGCAUGA